CAUAAAAUCUGAAAAUUCUCGGAAGCUCCGACUGUGGUUCGAUACAGUCAACUAGCUAAGCUACACAUCUUGCGUUUGAAAUGUAAACUGGAAGUGUUGAACUGUAAAAACAAAACAAAACGUCACUGUUUUCUGCUCAACUGAGUUCUUUUAUAGUAGCUCUGUUUAUAACGUGGAUGGUACUUUAUGACUCAAUCCAUCUUGAUUUAUUCUAGCCAGUCAGUAGUUAGUUCCAGCUUAACUCUGCCCGCUUGCAUUUUGUUUUAUCUUUUUGUUGUUAUUGUUGUUAUGCAAGCUGGUUUAGGUGGUUUUUAGAGGGGAUAAGAAGUUUAUUUGAUAACUGGAGCGUUAAACUAUUAUGGAGUGGCUUAUUGGGAUUGGAAGAAGUAAACUUGGUGGUGCAGGUAGUUCUCAUUCGAGAAACCCUCGUCACGAAGAUAAUCAGAAGGCAUACAUGAUUGAUAAGACUAAUUUAGGAAACCUGCUUAGUAAAAUAACAAAAGAUGAACUACAAGAAACAGUUCCUGUGCCAACUGGAGUUGAUAUAAAUGAAUGGCUGGCAACAAAUACUCUAUCAUUUUAUAAUCACAUUUCUUUAAUAUACGACUCACUCCAUGAAGUAUGUACAUCACACACCUGUGUGACUGUUUCAACUGGAGCUCCAAUGAAUUUUACAUGGGUUGACGAUAGAGGUAAAAAGGUCAGACUUUCUGCACCUCAAUACAUAGAGUUGGUAAUUAUACAAAUUGAAAAGUACAUCACUGAUGAAAGCGUUUUUCCCACAAAAUAUGACAUGACAUUCCCUAACAACUUUCAAACUAUUGUAAAAAAGAUUUUUAGACUGAUGUUCCAUAUAAUAGUCCAUAUAUACCAGUCUCAUUACGAGCACAUUGCUGAGAUGAAGCAACUGUCUGCUUUGAACACUUUGUUCAUUCACUUUAUGUAUUUUCAAACUGAGCAUGGAUUGUUGGAAUCAAAGGAGCUACAACCAUUAGAAGACUUGAUUAAGUCGUUAUGUCUAUAGCAAAAAUUGUUUCUGUUUUAAUAUAAUUUAACCUGUUUUCAUAUAAUGGUACCAAAAUUGAAGACUUUCAAAUUUUGUAAAUAUGCUAAAGUAUCAUUUAAAAGAUGGAGAAUGCUAUUUUCAUAUUUAUGUAGAUUUAAAAUUGUAAAUGCCAUCAUUUUAAUAAAACUUGUUUAAAUGUGGAGAUGGUUUAGAAGUUUGGAAAUGUUUAAUAGUUCACUGUUUUCUCUUUAUAUCUCAUAUAUAGUUGUUUUCACAAAAUAAUAUAUGCAUGCUUUUUUAUUACGGCCAUUUAAUGAGAAUACAAGCCUUUUGAUUAAACUAUAACAAAAUAAUCUGAGGCUUGAGUAUAAGCUUUGUGCAGAAAUGCCUCAAUAAUAAGAAAAGCCAGGCUUGAAAUUUUCCCCAUAAAAUAUUUAAACCCAUCAUAAAAUUUUUGUCAAUGCAUAUUUUCUCCUUCUACAGCAACAAUGUUUUUAGAUUUGUCAAUAUCUAAGCAUGUUUAAAGAUCCUAUUUAAAACCUUAUCCAACAUUUUAUAUAUAGUAUAUAUAUAUAUAAUUUUUUUGUAUAAUGGUGUUGAUUUCUGUUGUGUUUAUGAUAGUGAUAUGUUAAGAUUAAAGCACAAUUUUUUUUGUUUUGUUGGAAAGUAGAAUGUUUUCAAAUUAUUUGUAGUUUUUGAAUACUAAAAUACUUAAAUAACAGAGCAUGUUUAUAAUUGUGAUUUAAAACAAAAGCAUACAACUAUAUAUAUCUUAAAAGAAGAAAUUUUUCUGCAUUUAACAAUUUUAAUCACAAAAAAUUAAUUUUGUGAGAGUGGCAUCCUUAUAAUAAAACAUCUUGUCUUAAUAAUCUUACCAGGAUAUAUUUACAAAAGAUCUAAAAAUUGGAUGGAUCACGAAAACAUUUUCUUUAACAUGUUUUGUCGUACUACCUGACAGAAACUUUAUUCAAUAAUUUACAUGCAUACUCUCUGCCUAGACAGAAUGCAGGUGAACUUUAACAGCGUGAACUGACUUGCUUGGCUUUUGUAAACAUUUAAAAAAAUAUUUAUUAUUGUCAAUCUCUAACUACUUGUAGCUGUGUCCUUAAGUGAGGAUUUUUUUUACUUAAUCUGGAAAAUGGUAAUAUAAAAAGGCAUACUCUUUUUGCAUUAAAAGUUGUUUUGGCAGGCGCAAAAUUAAAGUUUUAUUAUUUUAUGCUUGUGUUAGUUACAGUGUAAUUAUGUAUUUUGUAUUUUUAAAAGAUUAUAUAUUUUUUUUCGGA